UAUUCAUUUUCAAAUGUCAUCUGUCAUCUUUGACAUUUCGAGUUUGUUUUGAAAUUUUCGAACCAAAUGGCUGAAGAAAAUCAUCACAAAAAAAAACACAAAGAAUGGCGAAAACAAGUAAAAAAGCUGCGAAGAAAAAAAAUCCGCCAAAAACUAGCCGAAGAACGAAACAAACUUGCUGCCGAAGAAGAAUCAUCGCGUUUAAACGACCCAAACUACCUCAAAUGGCUUCAAGAUCAAGAAGAAUUGGAAAACCUCCAACGUGAACACGAAGAACAACGACGACAAGAACAAGAAAAACUUUGGUUGCGUCGCGAACUCGUCGCCCAAAAACAAUUCCGUGAACAACAGAAAAAACAAGAAGCUACUGCAGCUGCCAAGGAAGCUGAACGUCAACGAAUUCAAAAAGAAUUCGAAGAACUUCAAAAAAAGUCACAACAACGUCGCGAAGAACGCAAACAACGCGAAGAACAAGCCAAAAGAGAUCACGAAUUGAUGAUGGACAAAAUCUUUGAUUACAUUGAAUUGGGUGGAACAAUUCCCGAAGAACUCACUUCGAAUGUUCAAUCCAAUCCGAAUCAUCUUGAAUGUGCUAUAUUUUCAAAGACAAAUGCUUGUCGUUAUGGAAUUCAAUGCAAAAGGAAUCACAUUCGUCCAAAACUUAGUCGGAUUUUGUUUAUUCCGAAUUUCUUUUCACACAUUCGUUUGGAACAUGGUGGAACUACGCAUGCGGGGGAUAUUAAUCUUGAGUGCCCCGAAGAGGAUCUAAAUAAUGACUAUAAAGUGUUCUUUGAAGAUGUCACUGAAGAACUCAAGAAAUUUGGGGAGAUUUUAAAUUUCCGAACUUGUAUGAAUACUCAACCGCAUUUGAGAGGGAAUGUUCUUGUGGAAUAUUCAUCGGAAAGAGAUGCAUUAAAGGCUUAUGUUCAACUCAAUGGACGAUUCUAUGCCAGUCGUCAGAUAAAUGUUGAAUUUUCUGGAAUGAAGGCGUGGAGAAGCGCUAUUUGUGGAUUAUCAUUGGCAAAUAAAUGUCCCAAAGGUAGAGGAUGUAAUUUUUUGCACAUUUUUAAAAAUCCUGGAAAUUUGUAUAACAUCCCAGUAAAUCAACCAGCCCAAAAAGUUGAAGAUUCAGUGAGGAGUAACUCACAAAAAGGAACAAGAGAUGGUUCGGUGAUGAGUUGGAAUGAUGAUAGAGAUAAUAGAAGUAGGAGAAAUUGGCGUUGGUCAGAUAGUCCUGAGCCAAGAUCAAAAGAUGACAAACUUGAAAAUAAAUCUAGGGAAACUUCAAAAAGAGAUCGAGAGCAAUCUAAUGAACGAUAUCGAAGUAGUGAAAGGUAUAACAGAAAUAAUAGAGAUAAGCGCAGCAAAUCCAAAGAUAGGAGUUCUAGUCGCAGUUUAAGAUAUGAUUCGCGUCAAAGUGAAAGUUCAAGUAGAAGUCGAAAAGACCAAAAACGAAGCAAGUCGAAAAGUCCUUCAAGUUCUCGAAAACAUCAUAAAGGCGAUGAUCGUGAAAGGCAUCAUAAGGAGGAUGAUAGAGAGAAGCAUCAUAAGAAGAAGAAACACAAAUCCAAAAAGGAGUAAUAUCGAAUGUAUCUAGAUUUGGAUAGUACGAUUUAAAUAAAAAGAAAUUAUUUCUACUUGCUUUUUUAAUAAUAAAAGUACCU